AUGGCAAUGCCUGUUACGAGCAUCGCCGCAGUCACCAAAGAGCUCACUGCCAGGGGUGGCAGUGGUGCAUCCGCGACCCUCGCCUCUCCCAGCGUCGUGCUUCUGCUCACCGACGACCAAGACGUGCUCCUCUCUGACGCAGCGCGCUGGCAACCCGUGCUGCAUCGCCGGGUCGUGCAAGCCGGCGCCACCUUUGCUCGCGCAUUUGCCAACAGUCCAGUUUGCUGCCCGUCGCGCUCCUCCUUGCUCACCGGCAAGUACACGCACAACCACGGCGCACUAAACAACUCGCUCCAAGGGAGCUGCGCCUCACCCCAGUGGUCAACGGAGAUGGAGCCAGACGCUCUCGCCGUGCACAUGCAGAAGGCAGGCUACCGGACAAUGUACGCCGGCAAGUACCUCAACAACUACGGGUUGAGUGGAUCGCUGGGUCUCAAGUACGUGCCUCCGGGUUGGAGCGAGUGGUGUGGCCUGCAAGGCAACAGCCGCUACUACAACUACACCCUCUCUGUGAACGGCAGGGAAGAGCGCCACGGCUGCAACGCAUCCGACUAUCUGACCGACGUGCUGGCAGAGCGGGCGGUCGCCUUCGUCCAGCGGACCUCGUCACCGCUCUUUUUGUGGAUCGGCACGCCGGCCGCCCACGCCUCCUUCACGCCGGCGCCUCCCUUUGUCGACACCGCGCGCGGCGAGCUGGCCCCGCGCACGCCCAACUGGAAUGUGGUUGGCAACCGUGGGCACCAUCAGACGGUCCGCGAGCUCUCGCCAAUGUCUGCGAACGAGGCGAAGGAGUCGGACGAGAUCUACCGCCGGCGGCUCGGCACGCUGAGGAGCGUCGACCGGUUGGUCGAGAGCGUGUUUUCCGCGCUCGACGCGACGGGGCGUGCGGACGCGACGUACUUCUUCUACACUUCCGACCACGGCUUCCACCUCGGCCAGAAUGGCAUGGCGUACGACAAAAGGCAACUGUUCGAGACGGACGUGCGCGUGCCGCUCUUCGUGAGCGGACCGGGGGUCCCCGCAGGCGCGACUCUGCACCAGCCCGUCUCCCACGUUGAUCUCGCGCCGACCAUCCUCGCGCUCGCGACCGGCGGCGCGUUGACGCCCGACGGGCAAACCGAGACGUGCGGUGCGCACCGGCUGGCGUACCACACUUUGGCAGACGGCACCGUCGUCGCGUGGGACGUGGGCGAGUACGAGCCCGCGCCGUGCGACGGCGAGAACAACACUUGGGCGUGCGUGCGCCGCGUCGUCCCGUCCGCGGCGCCCGGGGAAGUGCUGGCGGUCGACGACGUGUGGUGCGAGUUCGCUUGCUUCGUGGCCGGCCCCGGCUCAGCGCCUGUGCCGUGCCCCGCCGACGAGCCGGAGGGGUACGGCGCCUAUUACGACCUGAAGGUCGAUCCGUGGCAGGUGCAUAACCGGGCGCGCGUGCUGCCGCAUGGCGAGCGCGACGCUCUGCGCAAGCGGCUGCAUGAGCUUCGCGCAUGCCAAGGCCAGGCGGGAUGCGCGUGA